AUCACACACUACUGCCAACAAUGUCAACUAUGUUCAUUUCCAUGCUACUUGUGCUACUUGUUCCCCUAUACAUGUAUCUCAAGGCUAGCAGUAGAUCUAAGAACACAUCAGUGCUUCCCACAAACUGGCCAAUAUUGCACAUGUUCCCUUCCUUCAUGGUCAAUGUCUACAACUUGCAUGACUAUCUCACCUUGGUCCUCGCGGGAUUAGGCCACAACUUCAGGGCGCACGGCCCACCCGGGACCGGGAUGCGGUUCUUCGUCACUUGCGACCCUGCUAAUGUCCGGCACAUCUUCACGACCAACUACACCAACUUCCCCAAGAGCGUGCUCAGCAACCCGCGGAUGAUUGCCAGUACGGAGGCAUGCUGCCGCAACAAGGUGGAAAACAUCCUUCUCCCAUUGCUCGCCUACAUGGCGAGCACCGGCACUCCUUUUGACGUGCAAGAAUUGAUGUCGAGGUUUAUGUUUGACUUGGCUACUAUGUCUCUCUUUGGUGUGGAUCCUGGCCUCCUAUCAUUAGACAAACCACCCAUGGACGCUGUGGUUGCUCUGAACGCAGUCAUGGAGGUGGGAUUUUUCCAGCACACCAUGCCAACUUCUUGCUGGAAAUUAAUGAGGUGGCUAAACAUCGGUCGCGAAAGAAAGCUCUGCACAGCGCACAAAGUGCUACAAAGGUUCCUCGUGGAGAUGAUGGAGAGGAGGAAGAUGGAGAUGAUGGAGAGGAAGAUCAACACAUGUCAUGUUGGUAGUGACGACGAACAAGAUGGUGUGGAUAUUAUGUCUUCCUACCCAGACUAUGUUCACGAUGACUUGUCCUAUGCCAAGAACAUUGGCUACAUGCUUCCUGCAAGGGACACAAUUGGAACGACCCUGACAUGGAUUUUUUACAACCUCGCCCAGAACGCAAACAUUGUGUCAAUCAUCCGGAGUGAACUAUCACCCAUUGCAUCAUGCAAAGGAGCAUCCGGUGUGGAUGCCAUGAUGAUCUUUGAGCCGAACGAAAUCAAAUCUCUAGUCUAUCUGAGAGCCGUCUUGUACGAGACUCUUAGGUUGUACCCACCGACACCUUUCGAGCGCAAGACGGUGUCCGCCGAUGAUAUUAUGCCGAGUGGCCAUGAGGUGCACACCAGUGACACCAUCCUUAUUUCUCUCUACUCCCUGGGGAGAAUGGAGGGCGUGUGGGGUAAUGACUGUCUCGAGUAUAACCCAGAUAGGUGGCUCUUGGAAGAUGGAAACAAUCUGAGGUACGUACCAUCUCACAAGUUCUUGGCCUUCAACUUGGGCCCAAGGAUAUGCCUUGGGAAGGAAAUUGCGGUUAUGCAUAUGAAGACCAUCAUCGCCUCAGUGUUGUGGAACUUUGAUGUGGAGGUGAUGGAAGGGCAAAGCAUCCAGCCCAAGCCAUCUUGUAUACUGGAGAUGAAAAACGGGCUCAUAGUUAAGCUAAAGAAGCGAGAGAUGUAACAUUAGAUUUUGGUCUUAUGUAAACGUACUUACGGACUACCCGAAAUUUUUUAUGUUUUCUGUAAAGAGGAAAAACGAGAGAGAGA